GCAGCAUUGUUGGCUUGUAGCCAAGGAAAGGUAGACCAGAUAACAAAGAGUAUUGGAAAUGCAGUGGCCCAGAAAGUGUGUGCUGGUAAACCAUCAGUGAAGGAUGUGUUCCCCAAAGCUAGAAAAACUGAUGUAGCUACACAAAGUGCCUCCCUCUUUCACUGAGACAUCCUCACUACAACAUAUCACAGUGAUAGAUAGAAUGGAAGGACUGAAGAGACAAAGGUAAAUACCAGUCUCCACGAUGAGGACCCUGAGUAUAACUACAUGUGCCCAGACUGAGGUCCACAUAGGAAUGGUUGG